AUGGAGCUGGGCCAGCUACAGGAGUCAGCAGAAGCCUAUACUCAGGCAGCGCAGCUCUGCCCAUUCUUCCUGGAUGCCUAUGUGGGGCGAGGAAAUGUUUUCAUGGACUACUGCCACACCAAGGCCAACAAGCAGGCCCAAAAGGACUUCCUGUCUGCCCUGCACCUCAACCCCCUCUGCUCCUCUGCUCGCAUCAGCCUGGGAUACAACCUCCAGGUCUUUGGGUCCUUCCAGAAAGCUUGGAAUCAAUUCACAGUAGCAGUUGCUCUCCACCCCGAGUGCUGGGCAGCAUUGGAGGGACGGGCUGUCGUCAAUCUACAGAUGGGAAACACACAUGCAGCUUUUCAGGAUAUCAGCACCGGCCUGCAGAACAAUCCCCAUUCAGAUCAAUUCCACACAAACCGUGGUGUUAUAAAUCAGUUUAUGGGAGACAAGGUCAGUGCAAUGAGAGACUAUCAGAAGGCCAUCUCUCUGAAUCCAAAAUGCGCCCUGGCAUUCUUCAAUGCAGCAAACCUUUACUUUCAUAACAGGCAGUUUUCACAGGCGUGUGAAUAUUACAGCCACGCUCUUGAGCUGGACCCCAGGGACGAAUCGGUGCUGCUGAACCGGGCCAUCACCCAGGCACUGCAGCAGAAGGUUCCAGAAGCUCUGCUGGACUUCUCUGAGGCUCUGAGGCUGAACCCCUUCUCCUCCCACGUCUUCUUCAACAGAGCCAAUCUGUACUGCUCUCUAAGGAGGCACUGCCUUGCUGAGAGAGACCUUACACAAGUUCUUUGCUUUCAGCCUAAUGAUGCUCUUGUGUACAAGCUCCGUGCCGAUGUCCGUGGUUACCUGGGCUGGACAGAGCUGGCGAUAUCGGACUACAAAAUGGCACUGCAGCUCCAAGAGGCCAUGGAAUACUGA